GCUUUGUUUUAAUCCCUUCCCUUAAAUCAAACAAAAAAAAAAAAAAAAAAAAAAAAACGACAACACGAACAGUGGAAUAAAAAGGCAAAGAGUAAAAAUUUGCAGAGUCACUCGAGCCGAAGCCUCUUCCCCAUCACAACAAGCGUUCACGCGUUUAUGCAUUCGUUCGUAUAUUUAUUUAUAUAUAAUAUUUAUGUUUAUUUAUUCUUAUUUAUUUAUGUGUAUUUGCUUUAUCUGCCUUAUUUGCUUCUUAUUUUAUCUUUUUUUUCUUCUUUCCGCCAUUGUUUAUGUUUUUUCCCCUGAUUGGGCAUUCACUUAACUUCCGCAACAAGCCUUCCCCCCUGCGAAUAAGAAAAAAAAAAAAUAUAAAUAAAACCCCCCCAGUUCCGCAGCAUGAAAGUUUCAAGCCUCUUUUGCCUCAUCGUAUGUUCCUCCGUUGCCCACGUGUCAUGGUGUUCGGACCAAAACACAUACUCCUUCGACAUUGUCAACAAGAAUACCUGGUACAGCAUCGCAAAGAAAAUUUUCGAAAGUACGACGCCGUGCAACUUUACGGUUAUCCCGUCGAGUUAUGUGAAUAACUCGGAUGAGGUGAGCAGCGGAGACGACUCUGUUUUGUUAAUAAGAAAAAAGCUAAAGGAUCCUAGCGAGGCCGGCGUGGAGGGCAUCGGUGAAGGGAGCAUCAAGGCAAUACAGAAGAACAAGGUGAACAACGGAAAUGAAUUAUCUUCCAAUUCUUUAGGCUAUGGAAAGCCUCAAGCGCGUGAACAUUUGGGAGGAUUCGUUGGAGGCACAUCGACGUUGCAGAGCUUGGUGAAGGCACGAAAAGCUGGAACUUUUUUCAUCGUCUAUUCCUAUUAUAGACCCUUCGACCCCACUGCCAAUUCAAACACGAAGAUUUUGAAGUUGACCGUGUCGUAA